GCUUCCGGUUCUCCCCUACCCCCGCUUCCGGGGAGCUGAAAAAUCAGAUGUGACCCGGCUCGGACUGUGACAGAGCUGGAGAGGGGAGGGGGCUUCAGCUUUCCGAGAUGGCUUCCUUUGGGUGGAAGAGGAAGAUUGGUGAGAAGGUGUCGAAGGUAACAUCUCAGCAAUUUGAAGCUCAGGCUGCUGAUGAGCAGGAUCUUGCUGACAGUGAUGAAGCUGAAUGGUUCCAUGACACUAAAAGAAAAAAGGGGCUUCUCCUGGAAGAUUGUGUGGCCAAAAGUAAACAUCUGAAGGAUGAAGGUGCAAUUUUGGCUGAGAAUGAAAGGUACCGGGAGGCUAUUCAGAAGUGGGAUGAAGCACUUCAGUUAACUCCAGAAGAUGCUACUCUCUAUGAGAUGAAAUCACAGGUGCUGAUGUCUCUGCAUGAAAUGUUCCCUGCAGUGCAUGCUGCAGAAAUGGCUGUCCAAAGAGAUCCCCAUUCUUGGGAGGCGUGGCAAACUUUGGGACGUGCCCAGCUUGGAUUAGGAGAAAUCACACUGGCCAUCCGAAGUUUCCAGGUUGCCUUGCAUAUCUGUCCACUAAGCCCUGAACUGUGGGAUGAAGAUCUGUCUUGGGCGAGGAAAUUACAGCAGCAGAAGAAAGCAACCAAAGCUGAGACAGGGACGCAAAGCACGGCAUCUCAGGGAGAGACUUCAGAGGAAGCAAUCCCGGAUUACGAUUUUGAAAGUGACGAGAUAUUAGCGGUGUGUGCAGCCAUUGCCGAGAAAGAGAAAGCCACAUUGGCCUCUAAAACUGUUGUCAUCGUCUCUGCUUCCGGGGAGGUUGAGACAGUAACUGAAAAGAAGGAAUGUGCAACCACAGCCCCUGACGGUACCGUUUUUAUCAAAGCACGGUAAAGGGCACCGACUCUGCUGAUUGACAGCCGUGCCUUUGAAAUCCUGUUUUCCAACUUUCCCCUAUGCUGUAGCCUGUUUUUGGAUCAUCUUGCACUGGAGUUCAUCUGCCCCCAACAAGUUAAGCUACAGUAGCUGCAGUUGCUUCACUUUACUUCCUGAACCCCUCGCUACCAAUAUCUCAAGGUAGGGGAGAAAGGGCUUAAGGGCCAUAGCAGUGCCCUGGAAUUACGACAGAGCACCUUGGAGGCAGAGGUGGCUUCUCCUGGACAUGUUGGGUUUCCUGAGAUGGAGAUGAUGGUUUUGAGCUGGAAGUUGGGAAAAUGUGCAUUCCUGGUCCCAUAAACAGCCCUUGGUUAGGUUUUCCUCCUCUGCCUUACUUUGUCGUUAUUCUUGUCAUGAGGAGGAGGGAAAAGGAGGCAGCACCAAAGGGACAGGAACACAAAACAAAGAAAGGUGAAAAGGUGGAGGCCGAGCCUCAAAAUGAUGCUUAGAAAAGAACUUAUCGCAGUACGUGGUAUGCCAAACAUGUUUCAACUUAAAGCCUCUGGCGACAAGAUCUGAUUUAAUCAGAUUCCACUGUUACUGCAGCAGUUUAUGGUAUCAGAUGUUGCUUCUGAUACAAGAUGCUUCAAUUCUUUUCUUUUAAAAAAAAUCCAGUUACAAAAGAAUUCCCUAUUUGCAGUUGAAUGGAUACACGUGAGGAGUACAGGGUGCAAAUUGUUCCCUUCCUUUCCUGCCAAGAAACAGGUCUUGUUUCUUCACAAAAAGUAGUGCACUGUAAAGUAACGGUCAGCAGAAGUUUGGAGUACAUAUAUUGUAGUUAUGACUACCCAAAUAUGUUCAUUAACUGGAUUGCCCUGCUCAUCUUCUUGUUUCUGGGGUGUGGAACAAGUUGGGCACUAGGUUGUGGAAACAACUAGUUUUUACUACUGCAAUUUAAAAAUGAAAUGAAAUAGAAUCUGCAAAGAAACAAGAUAAAAUGCAAUGCCCUCCAUAAUAUUUGCCCUCGCGUUCAUGCCAUUUGUCCAAGUUGUUGGGUCAGGUUUGAUGAAAUUCUAGUAUAUUGAAUAAGGUGUAUGUGUAAGUGUGCUCUUUUCUGUAAAUUCCCUUGUAAUCUCAAACCAAAUUUCUUUGUAAAGAGCUCUGCACCACAGUAGCACUUCUCAGGUCAUCCCAUGAAAUCUUGGUAGCCACGCUUAAUUUAAAAUUCUUUUAAAAAGCCAGUAUUGAGAAAUUGUUUGACAGUAAAAUUUGGAAUAAACUCAGUUAUACAAACCUGAAUUAAUAAUCUUUUGAAUAAGUGCAUAACAGGUUGAAAAAAAUUGCUUUUGUAAGGUCCAUUGAUUGUCAUAAGAUUCAUAUGAAAGGUUUUUCAUAUAGUUUCCCACAGAUCAAUGAAGUCUUUGACUCAAAUCACCUUGUUCCCAUAAUAGUUCCACAUUUCUAAUUGACCUAGUCAUCACUUUAAUCCACCUAUUUCUGUGCAUGAUCACUCAGAGUAAGUCACAUUGAGUUUAAAGGGACUUAUUUUCAAAUAAAGAUGCAUAGGAUUGUACCCUAUGAGAGACUGGGAAUCUGGGAGCUACAGUGACAUUUUUCAUCAACAACCUCAGGAGAAUCUAAGCUGCUGCUGGUGUCCUUGUUCCUGCCAGCUUGAACAUGGAAAGUGUCAUCCUGAAUUCAUUUAAGCUUACCAGAACUUUUUUGUUUCAGUGUUGUGACUUUCAUAUAUGCACCACAGUAUGAUAGCAAUUGAAUUAAAGAGGACAGAAGAUCAAGACUUCCCUCUCAGAUAUGUAACUUCAACAGAUAGUCUCAUGAAGAAGUAGCCGUCGGUCACUGUUCUUUAGCUACUGAUAUUUUAUCCAUUCUACUGGCUUUAUUUGUUUUAUCCUAAUUUCAUAUCCCUGAUUGUUUUGCAUGCCUAGGUUUGUCACUGAAUAUUCCUGUGUUGUAAUUAAAGUUGGCUUACUAUGAGAA